UUUGACGCCCUUUAAUCCCAGAGCAACUUGAAAUAGGCUACCCACGGCAUUUCUCGCGAGCUCGGAGCAGCAGGCUGCUCGCGCCGCUCCGCUGUGCUCUGCGUGAUAUCGGUUACGACACCUCAGUAAACAGCCAUGGCUGCCCUGCGCAGAUUUAUCCCUUCAUUCACUAACAGCUCUAAAACAGGGACGCUGACGGCGCUGAAACAACAAACAACCUCGAAGGCGACAAAAGCGCUGAAAGUUAUCGCAGCUGGAGCGUGCGUCACCGCCGCGGCCGGUGCCGCUUAUUACGGCUGCUCGCUUGUAGGUAGGCGGUCCGGACUGAAGAGCCAUGUCGAGGCUCGACUCUUGCAUCUGGCGUUGCCAUCAGUUUCUGCCACCGAUAAGGCCAGGACCUAUGGUCUGGAUGAUGGGGAUGCGUACAUGUCGUCCAAUGAGAACAGGUUUCGCCUGUUCAGUUCGGUGGAGUACGAGGGCCAGCUCUACAUGACGCCACUGAACUUCAUCGAAUCCAUCACUUUGAACGAACCCAAGAGUCGGAGAGUUUGCAAAUCCCUCACAAAAAAGGAAUUAGACAAGAUGCUGGCUGAUACCCCGCCUGUUUGCAAAGGAUCAUCUAAUUUGUUCAGAAAUCUUCGUGAACGAGGUGUCAUCAGUUACACAGAGUAUCUCUUUCUGCUCUGCAUUCUAACAAAGCCCCAUGCAGGCUUCAAGAUUGCUUUCAACAUGUUUGAUGCAGAUGGGAAUGAAAUGGUAGACAAAAGAGAGUUCUUGGUGCUGGAGGAAAUUUUCCGUAAGAAAAAGGACAGAAAGGAAGUCGCUGAAGAUGUGCAAAGAUUUGACCUGCAGAGCUUGCAGCUGUACGGUCCUCACAAAUCCCAAGCGCACACUGUUCUUAAAAAAGACUGUCAGCAUGUGGAGGCCCGGGGCAUGUGGGAAGUUCUCAAACGUGGCACAAGUCAAGUUCUGUUUUCUGAUCUCACUGAGGAUGUGGAUGAGAAAACAGAGACAACGCUGCUGGUGCAUUUCUUUGGGAAAAAAGGCAAAGCUGAGUUGAAAUUUGAAGAUUUUUACGAGUUCAUGGACAACCUGCAGACAGAGGUGCUUGAGAUAGAGUUCCUCUCCUACUCCAAAGGCUUGCCCACCAUCAGCGAGGAAGACUUUGCUCGGAUCCUCCUUCGCUACACGAACGUGGACGACGUCAGCGGGUAUUUGGACAACGUGCGCCACAGCCUGCCGGAUGAAAAGUAUAUCUCUUUGCAGGGCAUCACCUUUGAGGAGUUCAGGUCCUUCUUCCAGUUCCUAAACAACCUGGAGGAUUUUGCCAUCGCCAUGCAAAUGUACAACUUUGCCCACCGCUCUGUCGGUCAAGAUGAGUUUACCCGGGCAGUCUACGUGGCUACGGGAAUCAAGCUCACUCGCCACUUGGUCAACACAGUCUUCAAGAUCUUUGACGAGGACCACGACGAUAAACUCAGCCACAAGGAGUUCAUCGGUGUCAUGAAGGACCGGCUGCACCGCGGCGGAGGGGGCUUCAGAGUGGAGGAGAAGUUCACAUCUUUUAAGUCCUGCAUGAAGAAGGAGCUCUCAGGCAAAUAGGUGAAAGUCCCAUCAUCAGUGCAUGUCUUACAAACUGGAUGAGCUGCACACAUCUGUGCUUUCUACCUGGAGAGAAGGGUUAAUGCAUGUCGCAGCAUUUUAUUGCACUGUGUUAGACGGUUUAAAAUAAACAGGAUGUGGUAAAAACAGGAUGUGGUCAGCCUAAUGGGAAGUUGUUGCUAGCGGUCACACAAACAAGAAUAAUCCAUUAUGAACCUAACAAAUCCACUUAACUCAGUGUCUCACUCUAAAUUGGAAUUCUUAGUUUCUAUAACUGCUUUUGCCUGCUCAGAGGAUAUUGAACUAUUUAUUGAUUGAUCUACUUGUAAAUAUAUUUAUCAUUUUAAGAUUGUUAGCUCUGAUUUUCUUUAUUUGUCUAAAAGGCCAAUGUUGUCUUACUACUGUAUUGUUCAUUUGGAUUCUCCCGUUGCUACCAUACUUGGUUCUUCUGCACCUUCUUCUGCGUUCUUCUUCGGCUCUGCAGCGCCCUGCACAGAUCAGCUCAGGACAGCUCCUCCCUAUCCUCCUCCUCCCUCCCAAAGAGCUGCAGCGAAAAUCCUCCAGGAUCCCCCAGAGCCAGCAGGCCUGAACAAACUCACUCAGUCUGUGGCUUUUCCACUGUGUAACUACAGGAAGCUAACAGUGUUAAUCAUUUAUUGGUUAGCAGAGACAAGUGCUAUUUUCACACCACUGGCAGGGACGACCUCUUUUAAAUAAAUAUGCAAAAUAUUGAAGCCAUAUGUUCCAAUCUUGGGACACAACACUUAAAUUAGCGCUGAGAUUAAAGAAGCAAUAUAUUAAAAUGACCUUCCCUUUAAGCUCUGUAAGGAAGAGUUUACAUUUUAUCUUCUUCUUUAUAGAAAUCCUCCCUAGUAUGUUACUGAGGAAAUCUUGAUGACAUGUAAUGUUUGCUUCGGGUGGAGUUGUGUACUGAAAAAAAGAAGCCAUUAAUAUGUUACAUGCUGUAAUAUUAACCAGACUCAUGUAUUUGUAUUUCAGACAAUGGUCUGUUUUAAUCUUGGAUGUUUGGAUUAGCUAGUCUACCUCUUGAAUAGUUUUGGAAAUGAUACAUAAAUAUAAUAUAACCUA